GCCAGAGUGAGUGUUUACACCGGCGGCUCUGCGGCCGGGUUCCUUCCGCGGGACGGGUGAGGGCGCUGGGCCCCGGGCAGCGUGACUCGAAGGAAAAAGAGAGAGCGCGAAAGAGAGAGGAUGUCUCUCUCAGACUGGCACCUGGCGGUGAAGCUGGCUGACCAGCCACUGGCUCCAAAGUCUAUUCUUCGGUUGCCAGAGACGGAACUGGGAGAAUACUCACUAGGGGGGUAUAGUAUUUCAUUUCUGAAGCAGCUUAUUGCUGGCAAACUCCAGGAGUCUGUACCAGACCCUGAGCUGAUUGAUCUGAUCUACUGUGGCCGGAAGCUAAAAGAUGAUCAGACCCUUGACUUCUAUGGCAUUCAGCCUGGGUCCACCGUUCAUGUUCUGCGCAAGUCCUGGCCUGAGCCUGAUCAGAAACCUGAACCCGUGGACAAAGUGGCUGCCAUGAGGGAGUUUCGGGUGCUGCACACUGCCCUGCACAGCAGCUCUUCCUACAGGGAGGCGGUCUUUAAGAUGCUUAGCAAUAAGGAGUCUUUGGAUCAGAUCAUUGUGGCCACCCCAGGCCUCAGCAGUGACCCCAUUGCUCUUGGGGUUCUCCAGGACAAGGAUCUCUUCUCUGUCUUUGCUGAUCCCAACAUGCUUGAUACAUUGGUGCCUGCACACCCGGCCCUGGUCAAUGCCAUCAUCCUGGUUCUACACUCGGUAGCAGGCAGUGCCCCGAUGCCAGGGGCUGACUCGUCUUCCCGGAACAUGCCCUCUGGCUCGUACCGGGAUAUGCCAGGUGGCUUCCUGUUUGAAGGGCUUUCAGAUGAUGAGGAUGACUUUCACCCAAGCACCCGUUCCACGCCCUCUAGCAGCACACCCAGCUCCCGCCCAGCCUCUCUUGGGUACAGUGGUGCUGCUGGGCCCCGGCCAAUAACCCAGAGUGAGCUGGCCACUGCCCUGGCCCUGGCCAGUACUCCGGAGAGUAGCUCUCACACGCCGACUCCUGGUACCCAGGGCCAUUCCUCAGGGACUUCGCCAAUGUCCUCUGGCGUACAGUCAGGGACACCCAUCACCAACGAUCUCUUCAGCCAAGCCCUACAGCAUGCCCUGCAGGCCUCUGGGCAGCCCAGCCUUCAGAGCCAGUGGCAGCCCCAACUGCAGCAGCUGCGUGACAUGGGCAUCCAGGAUGAUGAGCUGAGCCUGAGGGCCCUGCAGGCCACCGGGGGGGACAUCCAGGCAGCCCUGGAGCUCAUCUUUGCUGGAGGAGCCCCAUGAAUCUCCUGUUCUUCCUGAGCCUCCCGAGCACAUUGUAGAGGCUGCAUCUCAUGGGAGGCACUUAGGAAGGUGCCUCCAUCUCUCCCCUCCCCAAUAUACCUGAUGUUCAACUCUC